GUGUCUCAGAAACUCAGCGCACACACACACUCACUCACACACAUCGACCUGGAGAGUCGCAUCACCCAACAGGGAAGUAAAAUGAACAAAAGGUUCCCGCUGCAGGUCCGAAUUAUUGGAUUAAUGCAACAUAAGAAGCAAAAGACCUACCUUGCCUCAGUUCUGUGGUCGGAUCAAAAUGAUGUUAUCGUGUACCGAACCUUUACAGAGUUUAAGAAACUGCAUAAAGCUGUUGUGAAGAAGUACCCCCUAGAAGCUGGACGCAUUAAAAAGUCUGAUCGAAUUCUACCCAAAUUCCAAGACAUUUCUAGAAGGGAAAGAAGACAAGCUGGAGUCAGUAAAUCAGUCUUGAGGAUAGGAAUGCUGCAGGACUACUGUGACCGUUUAUUGACAUGUUGUACCAAGGUCACCGGGGACCAAGAUGUUAUUCAGUUCUUUGUGGCCAUCAGCCAUGACCUGGCACCUUCUUUUCCCUCAGACAGUGUUAUUAUCAUGCCAUCUGCAGUUGAGAAGAGAAGAGAAUCUCUGAGGCAUUCAAGCAAUGCGUCUGCCCAGUCCAUCACCCAACCAGUUGCUUCAGAGAAUUACAAGUGUAUUGCAUCUUAUGAAACAAAAGAUACCAAGAACAAGCCUUUUAAGGCGUUGGAGGGUGAAAUUGUUGACGUAAUAGCCAAGAACUCAUCAGGAUGGUGGCUUGUGGAGAAUGAUGAGAAGCAACUAGCCUGGUUUCCAGCUCCCUAUCUCAAAAAAUGCCUUGACUAUGUCACAUCUGGAACAUCAAUUAUUGAAGUAGGGGAGUGCCAAUAUUAUGCUGUUAAAAGCUAUGAAGCAAAAGAUGAAGAUGAAUUAUCCAUGCAUGUAGGUGUCAUUGUCCAAGUCUUGAAAAAAUCCAGCGAUGGAUGGUGGCUUAUUAGGUAUGAUGGCAAAUCUGGGUACGUCCCAUCUCUUUACCUGCAGCCAUACAAAAACCCUCAUUCAAAAUUACAGAUUCUCACUGAGCCGGCCAGGUAUGCCUCCACCCCGAAUCUCAUCACAGAAGCUAACAAUCUGCCUAUGCUGUCCGAUAACCUAAAGUUGAACCUGCACAGAAACCAAGCCUACAAUUACCUCUCACGCACAAAGAUCAUUGGUGACAAUGUUGGAUUGGAUAAACAAAAAUCAAAGUCUUCUAGCUGUUUGACUGACGAAAGUCUAUCUGGAGAUGAGUUGAGCCUUCACAAUUCAGAUGGGUCAGAUAGCAGGCCAGAAAGCUUGUGCGAUGAUAUUAGCAUAUCCAUUGACAGUUCAGGCAAGUCACAGUUAUCUGAGGACAGCAGAUUACUAGAAAGUUACCACAUUCUUAAAGGCUCUGAUAACAUGUCAAGACUGUUUGAGAAGAAUCAAAUUGCAGCUUCUCAAAGCAAGCCCGAAGAUCUGAACAAUUCUGGUGUGAAAAAGGUAGAUUUGAGACUCAGCCCUGAAGCUUCCACAAGUGAGAGCAUUCCUGUUAAAAAUCUAAUACCAAGAAUACCUCCAAGGCCACAGCGUCAAGAAAUACUGUCAAGAUGUACGACCUUGACCAAGAACAUGGCUCUGAGAUCUUGAAAAUUUCCAGCUUGAAAAUUUAUGAAACAAAACCUUAGGUAAAUCAACCAAAAUAUUGGUGAGGAAGGAAGUUUUAUUUUUACUCAAACAAUAUUUAAUUUUGAAAUGGUAUGCAGAAGCUGCAGUUUUGUACACUUAUUUGAGGAAAAAAUGUAGGUAGCCAACAUUGCUACGAUCAUAUUAGUUUUAAGAUAUGUUUUGUUAAACAUGUGCAAUUUCUACUCAGCAGGAUUCAUUUUUUAAUCCUUAACUAGAGUUACAAAGAAGAAAAAUGCACCGAUUACUAUGUUUUCCAGAGAAAUUCUUCAGAGGAGUUGCAAUUCUUUCUUGAUAAGUGGCAGGUAGCCCUGCAUAUUUGUAUAGCUUCAUCGGGAAGAAUUUUCCCUCCGUCGGGGGGGAAAUGCAGGAGCGGGCGCGGGCAGGCGCGCCUCCAAUCGGCGCCCCCAAUCAGGGGAGCAUCACCAUUUUACGUGUGCGGGCCAAUUAAGGCCCACCCAGUAUGACGUCUGCCAGGAAGCGC